CAUCGUAGCCCAACGGACGAAUGGCUGCCACCCGUUGCAGCACAGGCAGUCUAAACGAUGUCCAGCUCCCUCACCCGCAGCUGGAGCGAUCGUAGCCACUGUCGCAUCCAAAAAUGUUGGUUCCCCCUUCGUGUUUGCUGGGAUACCGGUCGCUUGGGGAUGAAGCUGGUUGAGCAGGAUGGCGUCUUGGUGGUCAGGAGAACGCAGAAGGGCACCUGGGCAGAUGAGAUGAAGUUGCGUAUCGGAGACGAGCUUGUGAGCAUCAACGGCCAAGCGGUGUCACAGAUGAUGGAGCAAGAAUGCCGUGACACGCUCUUGUGGCGUCGACCUUUGCGGCUCACCUUUGCACGGCUCUGCAGGGCCUCGGCAACGCCACGCUUACGGAACCGGUUGGAUCAGGCGCUUCAAUUUUCACAGUCCCAGCUUCAAGAUGCUCCACCACGGAGGCCUACUACAGAGGUUGCUCGUUCAAGAGCUGAAAGCGUGGAAGUGCAAGGGGGGCUGGAGGAGGUUGAGGAAAAGACGGUCAACACUGUCGUCACGCAGCUUUGGGGCAACCUCCAGGAUGGACCUGCACCUCCAGUGCCAUCGUGUGAGCAGAUGGAGGCGGAGACGGAGGAUUCUCAAAUUGAGCCUCCUGAUAUUUCUGGUCCAUCUCAUCCUCCCGAGCAACUUCCAGAGCGCAGUGAGGUUGACACCUCUUUGGAAGAACAUGACAAGGUAUCUGCCGCACCCUCCUCAUUCGCAGCUGAUUACUUGGAUGACGACUUCGAGAACGACGAUGAGUUCGACGAGGAGUCAGCCGAGCAAGUUGAUGCUCACGAGCAGGGUGGUUACCCAUCAUCAGGUGAAAGAACAGCGACUGCUGGGCAUCUGGAGCAAAAGGAAAAGACCAAACAGAUGGAGGCGGAGGAUUCUCAAAUUGAGCCUCCUGAUAAUUCUGGUCCAUCUCAUCCUCCCGAGCAACUUCCAGAGCGCAGUGAGGUUGACACCUCUUUGGAAGAACAUGACAAGGUAUCUGCCGCACCCUCCUCAUUCGCAGCUGAUUACUUGGAUGACGACUUCGAGAACGACGAUGAGUUCAACGAGGAGUCAGCCGAGCAAGUUGAUGCUCACGAGCAGGGUGGUUACCCAUCAUCAGGUGAAAGAACAGCGACUGCUGGGCAUCUGGAGCAAAAGGAUUCUCAAAUUGAGCCUCCUGAUAAUUCUGGUCCAUCUCAUCCUCCCGAGCAACUUCCAGAGCGCAGCGAAGCUGACGCCUCUUCCGUUGCACCGUCCUCGUUCCUGCCUGAUUACUUGGAAGACGACUUUGAGAACGACGAUGAGUUCGACGAGGAGUCAGCUGAGCCACAAUUUGCUAGACACCAGGACGUAUUCCAAGACUCGCAGGGCAAGGUGGAUGAUAAGAAGGCCCAGGUGAGUGAUCGAAAAGUUGUCUUCGCCGAUGAGCAACUAUCAAGGUCUCAGAACCUUGGACUCAGAGGUCGUGAAAUAGAUGAGAAUCCGCCAGAACCAGACAUUGAAGAGAUACAGGCACAUCCGGCCUUUGCACGGCAAGUGAGCUUUUCCUCUGAUGUCGGCGAAGAUUCCAACAAAGCCAAAAUGCGCAAAGGCACCGCCUUUGUCCGUGCGGACAGCCUGCCGGAGUCAGAGGAAGAUGAUGAGGAGGCUCCUGCAGCUGCAUCUGAGCGGAAAGUCAGUUUCUCCCAUGAAGCUGGUGUCGAUUCAGAGACGGCCAGAGCCAUCAGAAGAGGCACUGGCUUUGUGGCUACAGAGAACCUGCCAGAGUCAGAGGAUGAAGAAGACGAGGCUCCUGCAGCUGCAUCUGAGCGGAAAGUCAGUUUCUCCCAUGCUGGAUUCACUCGGAGAUUGUAA